CCUUUUUUUGUUGUUGUAUAUGACUUUCGAUAUUUGCUUUAUUUUUAAAAAAUCUGGAUGCAGGAGCUUAUGUGUUCUUAAAUAGAAAUUGAACAUUGCCAAUUUGGUGUAUUCUUUAUGCUCAGUGUUGGUUUUGAAGGAUUUGUCUCUUUGUUCCCGCGGAAUAAGAAAUUUGGGCAUGAUUGGUUUAUUUCCCGUCAGAGACGAUGGUAAUCCUCUCCCAGGCACACAACAUGCUCGAUGAAAUUCCUCAAACGAAAAACUAGACAUAAAAAAACUUUAAAAAAAAAGUAAAAAACCCAAUAGUGAUAUAUGCUCCAUAUGGACUUGCCCACCAGCAAUGACGAAUACAAGUUGAAAACCAAUUUGUAUUUACCCCUCAUAAUAAAUAUUAGAUACUCCACUAUACUACAAAUCUGUACAAUCGAUGAUGCAUAAUGCUCUUAUGAAAAAUAGCUAAUAAGAUAAAUCAGCAUGCAUAAUUAUUAAUUAAUGGGUUCCCAUGUUCCCAGAAUUGAAAUUCCGAAUCUGAUUUGAUCCGCCGCCUCUAUAAUUAAUUUGUAGGUGGAGUCUCAUCCGCCGCCGCCGCCUCUAAUAAUUGGGAAAACUAACACCAAUGAUCUAAUGGCCUACGCAAUUCCCACUAGAUUCAUGUAUCUACUAUAAAUAGUCCUGUGUUUUACACAAAUAAAACAUAAACAAAAACAAAGUUAAGAGAUCAAAUCAGAGUUAUGGCAACUGAAAAUAAUGAUGUUAUUCCUUUGCUCACCCCAUACAAAAUGGGAGAAUUCGCCCUCUCCCACAGAAUAGUAUUAGCACCAUUAACCCGGGAUCGGUCAUACAACAACGUUCCACAGCCACAUGCCGCAGUAUACUACUCUCAGCGAGCAACCAAAGGUGGCCUCCUUAUCACUGAGGCAACCGGUGUAUCGGACACUGCUCAAGGAUACCCUGAUACACCUGGAAUUUGGACAAAGGAGCAUGUCGAGGCAUGGAAACCUAUAGUCGAUGCAGUUCAUCAAAAGGGUGGUGUUUUCUUCGUGCAGUUGUGGCACGUUGGUCGUGUCUCUACUAAUGAUUACCAGCCAGGUGGCCAAGCUCCACUCUCAUCGACAGACAAAGGACUGACCCCUGGCCUAUAUGGAGUAGACUGGUCUCCUCCUAGACAACUAGCCACAGAUGAAAUUCGUGGUAUUAUCAAUGAUUUCAGAUUGGCUGCACGCAAUGCUAUUGAAGCAGGAUUCGACGGUGUCGAGAUACAUGGCGCCAACGGCUACGUGAUCGAGCAGUUCAUGAAGGAUCAAGUCAACAACAGGAAAGACGAAUAUGGCGGGAGCCUGGAGAACAGGUGUCGCUUCGCUCUGGAAGUGGCGGAAGCCGUGAUCGACGAGAUAGGAGCGAAAAGAGUUGGGAUGAGACUGUCUCCGUAUUCAGAUUUCAAUGAGGCAGGGGACUCAGAUCCAGAUGGGCUUGGCCUCUACAUGGCCAAUGCACUCAGGAAGCUGGACCUCGUGUACCUCCACGUGAUCGAGCCACGAGCUGUUGGUUCAACUGUGAUUGAAGGGUGCGCUGAGGAUCAGCUCCUCCCCAUGAGGAAGGCAUUUAAAAACACCUUCAUCGCUGCUGGCGGCUUCAACAGGACUACAGGGAGCGCAGCUGUGGCUGGAGAUGGCGCGGAUUUGGUAGCGUUCGGGCGCCUGUUCUUGGCUAAUCCAGAUUUGCCAAAGAGGUACCGCUUGGAUGCUCCGCUCAACAAGUACGACAGGAACACAUUCUACACUUCUGAUCCUGUUGUUGGUUAUACUGACUAUCCGUUUCUUCAACAAGCAUAGUCUGCCUGUUUCUUUUUAGCACUGCUCAAUAAAGGAUUAUUUGGGAAAAUAUGUUAACACUGUGUGUUGUAGUUUUCCAAAUGGAUUUUAAUAUUUACUAUAUGUUACACUGCUGUGUUUUGCCAAAUUACAGUUUGUUGUAAUUGUAUGUUAUAUCCGGUUUAAACAAUUUCUGUAUGGUAAUUA